AUGGCUGCCUCUACCGGAUCCACCAAGGUCGACGCUGUCGUCCAGAACAUCAAGGCUGAGACUCCCGAGAAGAAGUCUGGCCUUGCCCUCUACUCCCGAUUCGCCCUUGCCGGUGCUGUCUGCUGUUCCGUCACCCACGGUGGUCUUACCCCCGUCGAUGUGUGGUGGUUCGGUGCGCCGGGACUGCGAGACACAAUUGCCUUGCUACGGCCACUCUACCACGCAGCAAACCUUGAAAGCAACAACCGACAGGCAUUCGCGCACCGCAUUAUCCGAAAACAAGCAACUAACAACGUCUACAGCGUCAAGACCCGUAUCCAGCUCGACCCCGCUACCUACAACCGCGGUCUCGUCGGUGGUUUCCGCCAGGUCGUCAAGAAUGAGGGUGCUGGUGCUCUCCUCACUGGUGUCGGCCCUACCUUUGCCGGUUACUUCCUCCAGGGUGCUCUGAAGUUCGGUGGUUACGAAUUCUUCAAGCAGCAGUGGAUUGACGCUCUCGGUUACGAGACCGCCUCCAAGAACCGAACUGCUGUCUACCUGGCCUCUUCCGCCACUGCUGAGUUCUUCGCCGAUAUCGCUCUCUGCCCUCUUGAGGCUACCCGUAUCCGUCUCGUCUCUGAGCCCACCUACGCCAGCGGUCUCGUCUCUGGCUUCGGCAAGAUUGUCAAGAACGAGGGUUUCGGUGCUCUCUACGCUGGUUUCGGACCCAUUCUCUUCAAGCAGAUCCCCUACACCAUGGCCAAGUUCGUCGUCUUCGAGAAGGUCUCUGAGGCUGUCUUCCGAACUUUCCCCAAGAAGGACCUCUCCGACGGUAUGCAGACUGUUGCCAACCUUGGCUCUGGUCUGAUUGCCGGUUUCGCCGCCGCCAUUGUCUCUCAGCCUGCCGAUACCAUGCUCUCCAAGAUCAACAAGACCAAGGGUCUUCCCGGUGAGGGCACUGUUUCUCGUCUCGUCAAGAUCGGUAAGGAGCUCGGUAUCCGUGGAUCUUACUCUGGUAUCGGUGCCCGUCUCUUCAUGGUCGGUACUCUCACUGCAGGCCAAUUUGCAAUCUAUGGCGACUUGAAGAAAGCCAUGGGUGCCACUGGUGGUGUUGAGAUCGCUGCUUAA